UAAAUACAAUAAUAAUUUAAAGAUAUUAUUCAGAAUAGUGAAAUGGACAUUAAUGUGAACUUCGACGAUCUAAAAUUUUGCAAAAUUAUUACAAGUGGUGGCUUUAGUGAUGUGUACAAAGCAUAUUGGCAAGCUAAAAAUCGUAGAAUAGAAGUAGCUGCGAAAAUAAUUAAACCUUUGGUUAAAGAAGAUGACAUUCUUAGAGAGAUCCUCAAACUAAAACAGUUUAAUCAUCAGAACAUUGUAACAUUCUUUGGUACCGCAAGGAAGCUCGAUAAUAAAGUUGUUUUGAUUUUUGAGCAUGCGGACUGUGGAUCCCUUUACGAUUUCUUGCAUCACAAAAAUAUGCAAGUUUCCUACGUUGGUAAACUAAGUUGGAUGCUUCAAUGUGCUAAGGGUAUAGAUUACUUGCAUAGCAAAAACACAAUUCAUCGUGAUCUCAAAACACAAAACUUGUUGCUUUUCAACAAACAUAGAGUAUUGAAGAUAUGCAAUUUUGACACAGUAAAGAAAUUCGCUAUGAAAAAUACUGAAGACACUGGAACAUUCAGUUAUAUGGCUCCAGAAGUAUAUGAUGAUAGCGAAAAGUACUCGGAAAAGUCUGAUGUUUUUAGCUUUGGAAUCAUUGUCUGGGAAGUAAUGUCAAGGGUAAAGCCUUUCUACGAGUUAAACAGUGCCUUUCAUACAACAAUUCAAAUGGAAAUUAAUAAGGGCGUACGUCCGAAUGUCAAAGAUAUGAAGAGUUAUAACAACUUCGAGCACAUUACAUUCAUUAUCAAACAAUGCUGGAGCCAAGAUCCAGAUCAACGACCCACAAUGAAGGAACUGAUAUUUUUCCUUGGCUUCGAUCCAAGAUCGUUUCGCUACAAUCCUGACUUACUUUUAACGGGGAGGCCAUUGCGAGAUAUAUGUGAUGAAGACUUUAGAGUUUAAUUGUUAAUACGAUCGCAACACACAUUUACAAAACUAAUAUGAAAU